GAGGAGAACAUUGGACAGAAGGCAGCAGGAAGACGGCUAAAGCCCGGUAUCGGUCUGUUCUGAACCCCCGAACACAAAACGAACCGAGAUGUCAGAGGAAAAGCCAAAGGAAGGAGUAAAGACGGAGAACGACCACAUCAACCUCAAAGUUGCAGGUCAGGAUGGAUCAGUCGUCCAGUUCAAAAUCAAACGACACACGCCUCUCAGCAAACUAAUGAAGGCGUACUGCGAACGACAGGGUCUUUCAAUAAGGCAGAUCAGAUUCAGGUUCGAUGGCCAGCCAAUCAAUGAGACGGAUACACCCGCACAGCUGGAGAUGGAAGAUGAAGACACCAUAGAUGUUUUCCAGCAGCAGACUGGCGGGUGCUGCUAAGCCCGACCACCCACCUCACUGACGGCCAUGUUCAAACCAUGCCCUAAACCACCUUCACUGUCUCUCCCUCCCAGUUUGCUCCUGCCAGCUUAUAAUUAUUGUUAUUAUUAUUAUUAUUAUUAUUCUCUUUUGAAAGACAUUCUUUGCCUGAUGUGUCGGUGCUCGUCAGCUGUUUAUUUUACUCUUUUAGUCAGGACUGAAGUCGAGUGUUUUCAGUCUUUGCGGCUGGCCGGUCAGGACCACCUCGUCCGGCGCUGCAGAUUGUAAUCGGACCAACGGCUCUCCACAGAAACUGCUGUUUCGGCUCUGCUUCCAGCGCGUCAGAGUGUGGGGCUCUGCAGGUGUUUUUUUUGUUUGUUUUUUUUUUGUCCAGGGGUCGCAGUCAGUGGGGCGCGAUUUUGAAGGGGAAGCACCGUCUGAACUGAACACCCACCUGCUUGCUAUUUCACUUUUGUUUCAUUUUGUUUUUGUUGAGCAGAUGUAUUUAGGUAUAUUUACAUUUUAGGUGCUUCUGCAUUGUUUUUGUACUUUUUUUUUUUUUGCCUUCCGUUUAAAAUUAUAGUUUUAUUUUUUUUUUUCCUUCCUGUAUAGAAAUAUCCAAAUGGGUGUUAGAUUAGUUGUGAGGUUAAGAACAAUACUCCAAAGACAAGAACAUCUGCUUCUCUUUAAAUGUAUGUUUCUCUAAUUGCAAGGUUAAAACGGUGUCAUUAGAUCGUUAGUGUUUUGCUCCCUGGCUUCUAAUAGAGAACAAUCUGUUGUACAGAUUGCCAUUUGCUCAGGCGAAAUGCUCGAUCAGGGAGUUAAAAAUAAGUCUAUGCCAUCGAAGUAGGCUUAGUUUUUGGCUGUGUCUUGGUAACAAAUGCAUCUUUUUCCUCUUUAUUUUAUAUUUUUCGGCUAUUAAACGGACAGCCAUCUGUCCCUGCGAUAAAAGCGGCUCCGAUUGGGAGUUCGGCUGCGGGCGAACUGUUUCCGACUCGAGUGCCGUUUUCGCCAUCGAGCGGCUUCCACUUUGAGCUUAGGACAUCCAGCCAAAGCAGAUUGUUGUAAGCACAUCACUUUUCUACGAUGCGUCACCUGCUGAGAUGCUGUGUUAAAAACAAAAUGCUGCCGUUGUUGGAGAAGAUCUCUCAGAUGAGUCUGGCGUUUCGGAGACGUGACGUUGGUGCGUCUCUUCAUGUUCGUAGAGCAGGAAGGUCAGUCCCAGGGUCACAGAGUUGCUUACUUUUGAUCCUUUUACCGUCGCAAACUUGGAUCUUUCAGUCUGGAGUGAAAUGAGCAAAAUGCUUUUUAAAUGAGCUGGAAAUCUG